UCGCGAACGCGCGACGCGCCAUCGACCGUUACACCACCGGAGUCACUCUGCCAGCUCCCCAAGUUGGACAUCUACAACAUCAGAUCAGGGAUCACCAGCACAACAGCUCGUAUACAUACAUAUUCAUAUGGCGAACACCACUCAGAGAGGUAGCUUCAUUGUCUUCGAGGGACUCGAUAGGUCAGGAAAGUCAACACAAUGUCGCCGUCUGGAAGAGAAACUCAAACAAGCCGGACGAACGGUGGAAUCGAUCCGGUUCCCAGACCGGACCACCGCGAUCGGGCAGAUGAUCAAUUCCUAUCUUUGUCAAACUUCGGAACUGGAUGAUCAUGCGAUUCACUUGCUAUUCGCUGCCAACCGUUGGGAAAAGAGCGCCGAUAUCCAUACUACCUUACGAUCCGGGACGACAAUAAUUUGUGAUCGAUAUGCGUUUUCGGGAACCGCCUUCACAGCUGCGAAGUUCAGCAUCCGAACGCCGCCAGAACCGGAGCCUAUUGCGACACUAGCAUGUGCAGACCGAGGUCUGCCGUUACCAGACCUAGUCAUCUUCCUCACUCUUGGCGAUCAAUCAUUGGACAAUCGUGAAGGUUUUGGGAACGAGCGAUAUGAGAACACAGAACUCCAAGACGAGGUCAAGCGACAGUUCACCCAGGUCGUUCGGCCCUACUUUGAAGAGAUACAUGGGCGUGAUAGAUGGGUGAACGUUGAUGCAACUGGAACUAUUGAAGAGGUUGAGCAGCGCAUUUGGCAUGUCGUCGACAACCAUCUGCAGCAUUUCGUCCCGCAAUCAACUGGAAAAUUAUGGGUCGCAUGACCAGACCCUCUCACAUACUGAUGCCAUCCUCGAGAAAUUCGAAAUCAUCUACUCUCGAGUACAAUCAAAUAAAAACUGCUCCGCGACGGCAUCCGUAUCACUUUUUUGUGACAUGGAGCUGUAAGACGUCAGACUCCAAGUCUAUUUUUCCCCCUACGAUGUUUUGCUCAUAGAUGUGGUCCAAUUUACACAGGAAAGUAUACUCUUUCAGAAAUCCAGGUUGUAUUAUUAGGAAAGGGAUAGGGUAGAUAAAAGAAAGACUACAAGAAAUUGAAAUUAUGCAUCAUCUAUUCAACAACAUUCUGAUCG